AUGUCUGAAGAAUUCGUCGACACUAGUUACGAAGGCUCAGCAGAAAUAGUCUAUGCUGCCACCUUCAACUUCAGCUGUGUUUUCAACACGACCAACCGAUCCUCCGGCGACUACUUCCACCUGUCAGACUUUGACAGAACAGAUUUUGUGGGAGACGGCGCUGCUGUUCUGAGAAUCAUCAUCUCUGUCAUUUACUCUAUGGUUUGCGCGCUGGGUCUGGUUGGGAACUUGCUGGUCCUGUACCUAAUGAAGUCGAAACAAGUGUGGAAAAAAUCCUCCAUCAACCUUUUCGUAACUAGUUUGGCAGUGACUGACUUCCAGUUCGUCCUGACUCUGCCGUUCUGGGCGGUGGAAAACGCGCUGGACUUCACUUGGCUUUUCGGCAAAGCUAUGUGUAAGAUAGUCUCCUAUGUGACGGCUAUGAACAUGUACGCCAGUGUGUUUUUCCUGACGGCCAUGAGCGUGGCGAGGUACUGGUCUCUCGCCUCUGCGCUCAAGGGCAGACGGCGACGGACACACUGCUGCUCCGCGCGGUGCAUCACCGUUUUCAUCUGGUUUGCCGCUGUCUCCGCCGCACUGCCGCACGCAGUUUUCUCCACAACAGUCACAGUUUCCAAUGAGGACCUGUGCCUCGUCAAAUUCCCUGAAACCAACGGAACCUCGCAGUUUUGGCUCGGACUCUAUCAUUCUCAGAAAGUGCUGCUGGGCUUCGUGGUGCCUCUGGGCAUCAUCUCUGCCUGCUAUCUGCUCCUUCUGCGCUUCAUCACCUCCAAAAACAUCAACACCUCCAGCGCCAAACGACGCGCCAAGGUCACCAAGUCCGUCACCAUCGUGGUCUUGUCCUUUUUCCUCUGCUGGCUCCCCAACCAGGCGCUGACAGCCUGGGGCAUCCUCAUCAAACUCAACGUGGUUCAUUUCAGUUAUGAGUACUACACCACACAGGUGUACGUUUUCCCCGUGUCCGUGUGCCUGGCGCACUCCAACAGCUGCCUGAACCCCAUCCUGUAUUGCCUGAUGAGGCGGGAGUUCAGAAAAGCGCUGAAAAAACUCUUCUGGCGGAUGACUUCUCCGACCAUCACCACCAUCAGGCCGAUCACAGCCACCACAAAGCCAGAGAUUUACGGGCAAGGGCAAGUCCCGGUCCCCAUCAGCGCGCCCGAGGAGCCCGCUGUGGUGUUUUAUCCUCCGGGGGCAGUCAUGUACAGUGACAGGCGAGACCUGCCGCAGAACAGCACUUAA